AUGGCUCGUGAGGACUUCGUUCUCGCGCCCUGCCUUCCUGAGGACAUCGACCAGAUGAUCGAUGUCUACCUGAAUGCCUUCAAGGAUGACUACUUCGGCUCCUUCACCUUCCCUCGAUCCAACAUCCCAGAAGACGAGAUGUAUCAGUGGCUCCGCAACCGCUUUCUUAAAACCCUGCGCACGCCUGAAUAUCGCUGCUUCAAGGUCACGGAGGUGAGCACCGGCAGGAUAGGUGCGUGGGUGCGAUGGCAAUACCCUCACACCCUUAGCGAGGAGCAGAAGGCCGAGAAAAAGCGUGAAAAGGAGAGGGAGGAGAGAGAGAAGGCUGAGGGGAAGUUACAAAAAUGGCCUCGGGGUGCGAAUCUGGAGGUUUGCGAUAUCAAAUUUGGGUGGUUGGACCGCAUGAGGGAGAAGAAUGUGGACGUCGAAAACAUGUACGUGAUAUUAUUAUUGAUGACAGACCCAGCAUAUCAAAGGAAGGGUCUGGCUAACAUGCUAUUGAAACAUGGGCUCGCACUCGCAGAUGCCGAGGGUCGGAAAGCUUAUAUUGAAGCAACACCGGCCGGACAUCCUGUCUAUAAGAAGCUGGGCUUCCAGGAUAUUGAUGUCCUGAGUGUGGACUUAUCAAAAUGGGGCGGGACGAAGCCAGGGACGAAUACCAUUAUGCUUCGAGAUCCGCAGCCGGUCUGA